AUGAAGAUAUCAAACACCGCACCACUCCAUCUAUCCAAUCAAGAAGUACUCACCCAUUUCCUAUCACUCAAGGAGGACAACGAUGCCUUGGUAGAAGCUAUCAACUUAAAGAAGGCAAGGGAUAAAGCAUAUGCCAAGAAGAAAUAUCCCUUGGAGAGGGAUAACCCAGAGGAUAUAGAUGAUAGUUCUUUGUCAGAACGGAUCAGUGAAGAAGAAGAGAAGAGGUUGGAUAUAGCGGAGAGGAGGGGCUGUAGUGAUGAGUUGGUGUGGGUGCAGAGUGAGGUGAUCAAGUACCUAUGUCAACCGUAUAACCCAACCUCUCGACAAACCGCCGACGGAGUAGCUAGACUAGCGGAUGAAUUGCAGGAUCAUCAAUUGACGAAAGCCGAGGUGUUGCAGAUCACGAAUUUGGCUCCGACCGAAGUCGUAGAGUUGUAUGCGAUCAUCGAAGAACCCGACACACGAUAUUACCCCGACGCAUCCGUCAAACUCGAAGAAAUCGCCAACCAAAUCUCCUCCACACUCUCAACACACCCACCACCCGAACUAGCUCAGUGGACCGGAGUUGGUAGUACGGGAGAAGAUCAAGGGGAAGGGUACGAGCAUGAAUAUGUGCAUCAGGACGAAAUGGAGAUGGCUGCGAUGGGUAUGGACGAGCAGGAAUACGUGUUUGAAGGUGGAAGGGAUGGUGAGGGAGGGGUGGACGAUGAGAAGGAUGAGAGUAUGGAUUAG